UCAAGUUAACUUGUGCGUCUUGUGGUGGCCACAAAUUCACCAAGGUACCUUCCCUGUUUGAUAUUACAGACGAUACUACGGGCGAACCGAUACCAGAUGCGUCCAUAAAUUGGGAGUUCGCGGAUCUGGAUCAAAAUAAAAUCAGCCCCAUGCAGAUAGCCCACGAAGUGACUACUGCUGGCAGCAAACGGAUCAAUUUCGUCAAUCUUCGUCCAAAUCCAAAGGCUGGUGGGCGGUGUACGAUUAACAUUGCAGGCAAAACUAUGCUGAGCUCACCCUUCUUUGUCUUCCACGUAACUGACAGAGAAGAUGGCAACGCCCUGACGGCGGGUGAAGGUGUGCGUUAUGGAUGGGAAUGGCGUUAUCUGGACGGUGACGCCACCUCCACUAGCAAUCUGGCUGUGGGUGUCGAGGUCAACGGCAGUCGCCUCGGCCUCCACGGUAUCCAAGCUCCGACAGGCACCGUGGGUGGUCGUGGUGUGAAGGGCCGUUGUGUUGUGCAUGUCGCUGCCGACAAGAUUGAACCGGAAGCCGGUGCGGACCCGUUUAAGGUUUUCAAAUUCACCUCAGAAUACUUCACAGUGGAUGUUGAACGGAAGCCACACAGACCGCUGCCAACACUAGUUCCCAUAGAAGGAAAACCCGAAGAUAACAUCCUGGUGAUAACGGAAGGCGUGGAUGGUAACAAACUUGAGGCUGACCAGGACAGUAAUGUCGACUUGAAAUGCGUGGCCUUGAGUAAGUUCUGCUUAAUCGACUUCUCUUUCAGUAUUCACUGCAGUAGGGAAUUGUUUUUGUAA